AACGAAGACAGCAGUUGCCGCUUGCCUCCAGUAUAUGUCUCUCUCAGACACACAUUCACACAGAGCUGAGUGAGAACAGUUCGCUAUGUGCUUCCUCCAUUCAUUCCCUGCAACUUGCCGAUAGCGGUUAGAGAGAGAGAGAGAGUACUCAUAUUGGUCAGUGUGAGGCAGGUAGGUGCAGCACGGAUGGGAAAGGAUUUGGGAGUGAUGAUCCGUCUCUGGGCUCUGGAGAGCCGGGCUGGCACCUACCCAUCAGUCCAUCAUGUUGGAUCACCACGAGGAUGACUUGCCGAAGAGCUGGCAAACUGCGGUUCUGUCUGCUCGCCCUCUGUGCCUGGCUAGCGAGCGGGAGACGCCCCAGGAGCAAGAGGAACUUGCUGAUCGUCACGGGGGCUCUGUUGUACGCCUGCUUUGUGGUACUGCAGGGAGAUGUCUUACCUCGGGAGAGGCUGGACCGAGCUGCGGGCGAGAGGCACAGCCAGCCCGGCCGGCUGCCGGCCAGCACUCUCCCAACCCGGGGGAGAGAACCGUACAACUUCACCUCCAACCCCAAAGUGGUGUACAUCACCCUCCGCUCGAAAAGGAGGAAGCCGGUUAAAAUCAGGGGCACCGUGAGGCCAAAAACCAGGAAGAAACAUUCGGCUGUGCAGGAGAAUGCAGCCGCUCUGAUGGUGAGCCGGGACAGUCUGGCCCCAUCCGGGGGCAAACCGAGGGGUAACCCGUCCUCACCUUCUCGAGGGGCAGCCGCUGAGAGGGCGAGAAGCAGCGGCGAUGCCGCCUCCAGCAAUAUCCGGAUUUACAGUGACAGUGCCCCCUUUUGGUUCAGCCAGGGGGAUAUCGCCGCCAUGCGCUUCCUGGCCGAUUCCAGCAUUGGCCGCCUCCAGAGGCUCGUCCUCCCGGGCCGCCGGCCCCUCCUCCUCUUCCAAGGUGCGGGUAACCAACAGCGUCCCCCAAAGGCGAACGAAGUGAAAGCCGGCCGAACGUCGAGCUGCCGGGCACCGUGCGGGCUCCUGAAGACCCCGGGGGAUACCAGCGAAGUCUUCGCUUUCCAUCUCGAUAGGAUUCUGGGUCUCAAUAGGAGUCUGCCCGCUGUGGUUCGAAGGAUUCAGUCUGUUCAAGAUGGUCUACCUCGUCCUGUUAUUCUUUGGGAUGAUUCCUUGUCAAUCACCAGUAAUGAUACCCAGUCGACAGUCAAAUUGAAUUGGACGUCUUAUCAACAAUCACUAAAAUGGAAGUGUUGGGUUCAUGGCAAAGUACCUAAGCCAGACUGGAAUUGUACUGAUAUUCAUCACUAUGAAUGGUGCAAACUAGCUCUUUUUGAUUUUUUGCUGCAGGUUUAUAAUCGCCUUGACAGGAAUUGCUGUGGAUUCAGACCCAGAAAAGAAGAUACUUGUGCUCGAAAUGGCUGGAAAAUGAACUGUGACAAUCAGGAUAACAUCAGUUUAGUUCAUAUCAUAUACAGAGAAGAUGAUCAUCGGCAUUUAGUAUUCAUAGACAAUAAAGGCUACUUUGACAGAAAUGAAGAUAAUUUAAAUUUUAAAGUACUAGAAGGAAUAACUGAAUUUCCAGAAUCUGCUGUAUCCGUCCUAAAAAACGGACAUCUUCGAGAAAGGCUUCUUCAGUCUUUGUUCCUUGACAAACUUUAUUGGGAAAGUCAAGGAGGACGCAGAGGAAUUGAGAAACUGAUUGAUGUGAUUGAAAAGAGAGCAAUGAUUUUUCUUACUUAUAUUAAUGCACAUGGAUACAAGGUGCUCCCGAUGAAUGAGUAACUGUUUGCACUAUUGAUUAAUAUCAAUUAUCAAUUACAAUAAUUAAUAUCAAAUAUCAGUUACAACAUAGGUUCAUUCCUCAACAUUGUGCUUUAUUGCUGUUAUGACUUUUCUUUAUUAAUUUCUUCAUAUGUAAACUUUAUAUUGCAGAAGUACUCACAAUCAUCAAAAGGUGUGACUGAUGUUUAAGAGACAGGAUGAGUUGAGGCAAACAAAAAUUACUUGCCAGCAAAACUACUUAAGAUGGAGGGUAAUUCUAGGGAAGCACUUUUACACACUGAAUACUGAAGAAAUAAAUUUAUCAAAGUUUUCCUUAAUUUUUAUGAAGUUGGUUUUCUUGCCUGUUGCCAUGAUGUAAUGUUGAGGCCUAUAUUAAUUGGGUUUUUCCACAACAACAUCUCAGUCAGUUAGUUUACCAGAGAGCGAUGUGACUAAUGAUUGUUUGCAGGGUGCUCUAAGAUUACACUUCCUUUAAAGAAAGCAUAAGUCAUCCAAGGUGAAAAAGCAGAUCUGACCUCUUGUGCUAUCAAUAGGUUUAGAAUAUGGAUAUCAAUAAAGAAUCAAGAACACACAGACAUUGCCUAUUUGAAAUAAGAGCAGAUCAGUCAGUAUAUGUGGAGAGAACAAUGAAUUUUGUGCAAUAGGGCCUUAUAGUUAUCUAUGCUGCCUACAACUGAUAUUAUGCAAAGCACUGUAUAAAUCUAAGUCUUUUAAUCAAUCACUGAUGACCUGCAGUAUGUUCCAGCUGUUUGUUUCUUUUCAGUAAAUUUAAGGAGGAGACAGACACGUUUUUAAUUAGUCAUGGUUGAAAGUUUAUGGGGAGUGGGUAGGAAAGUGGAGUUGAAGCCGAGAUGAAAUCAGACAUGAUCAUAUCAAAUAGUGGAGAGGCUCAAGUGGCGGAAUUACAUACAUCCACUCCUAGUUCUUAUGUUCUUAAAAGAUCAGUCUACUUUUCUCUAUCAUAGAUAUUGGAAAUACUUUCACAUAUACUCCCCUAGACUUUGCAUUAGUUCAGCACUUAAAUAUGCUACCAAGAUGAUUAUUUUGAGCAAUUUUAUCUUUUACUGCUCAAGGUAGUUUCGAAUUAUAGGAUGGUAUCAUUACUUUUUGGAUUUCCCAAAUUUAAUAUAUUAUUUCAUUAUGGAAUACAGAACAAUUAAAACACCUGGAAAAACAUUAUUGCUUCAUUGAAUUUUAAUAAAUUAUUCCAUCCCAUGUAAGUAAUAAUAAAGUGUACUAACAAUCUGUGGAAGUUGCAUUUUGAAAAGCAUAUUGUAAACCCCAAUUCUGGCUUCAGUUCAAAAAACAUAACAAAAAUGCAGAUUAAAUUGGACGUCCCUCCAACAUGCAGAUAAACUUCAAUAAUACCAGCAAAUCCUAUAAUCCUUUCGGUGUAAAUGUAUAUAUUACUGUGGUUGAAAAAUUGAGAAUAAAUAGAUAUUAGGGAAUCAAAGUAUGAAGUAAUUAUAUUACAAUUUAUUAAAGAGUAUUUAAGUUCCUGCCAAAAAUAACAAUACUGCAAUAAUUGCACAUCCGUACACCACUACACCCAAACAGCAAAGGCAUUAAGUAUUGAGAAGGAUGUCUUUUCACAUUGAGUGGAACUUUUGGAUUGGGCAUUAGAAGAAGCCCAUUUCAAGAUACUGAAGAUCAUAAAACUUUAUUUAUUGUUUCAAAUAGCCCACAAACUUAGUGAUUCACAAGAUACUUUAAAAAAGACACUGACAUAAAUAAUUUAUUCUAUCACUGAGCAAAAUUUUCCCAGCUUUUAGAUUAUACAGUGUGGUAGCAGUACAAUUCCAACUCAGAGCAGUCACACCCUGAUUAGGCCCACACUAAUCUACAGAUAAACAUUUGCUGUCAACUGAUAAUGCAGUGCAUUAAUACAAGCCAUGGAAGAAUCUAUUACAUUGUACACAUAGCCUUUUCUGCAAAGAGAGCAAAAUGGAGGUUGGAAUAUGGAUAAACUCACUUUGGGAUAGGCACUGACCAACAAUAUGAUAAAAUAUUAUUAUUUUUAAUUAAUACACGUGUAUGCUGAAUGUAUAGACUUAUAUUUAAGAAUUUACAUUGACAUUUUGGAUCUCAGGAUUUGGUUAUAUCACACGUCUUUUCACAUUUAAACAAUAUGUUGCCAUGAAAAAUUAAAGUAAUUUAU